GUGCGCCGGCGCGGGGCGGCCCCGGGGGCCGAGCGGGCGGGUGACCUGUGAGGAGUCGCCUUCCCCGCAGCCUGGACUUGGGCUUCUCGUGGCCUAGCAAGAAGUGGUUUCCUUUCCCGAGCUGUUGGCAUCUUCCUGCCGGGAUUCAGUCGUUCCCAAAGGAAUGGAGGAAUGCAGCUGAUAAGUUCUUAACCACCCUGUGCUCCUAUAGGCAGUACCCGGUGCUGGCUUCAUCUUCUUCCCUUUGGCACUUUGGGGUUGGGCCUCUCCUGUUACCUGAUCUGGGUACUUUUUUUAGUGGCACUGUAGACCAAAGGAGAUGGAAGAAAAGGAACGAUGUGAUAAAUUCCAGCUGGUACCGUGAGACUAAGGAGAAUUAUAUAUUUUGACAUUUUAAUUUUUUUUUCUGUGGGGGGAAGGGAAAUACUACAUUUUAUGGGGUAUGGGAGGAGGGAGGUUGCAGAUCUUCAUGUGGUUUUUAAAACCAGCUGUCAGAGGCAAUUACUGAGUAAACUGAAGCACAAGAGGAGGAUUCGUAAGCUGGAAGCACCUCUAGCCCACAAAAGAAAGGGGCAGUGGGCUGCUCUUGUGACUGUGGGGGCAGAAACUUCAGCCUCCUUCAUUUUUCACCACCUACUCCCCAUCCACCCAUCGAGAAAAUGAGCUGUGUGCCAUGGAAAGGUGACAAGACCAAAUCGGAAUCGCCAGAGCCAUCCCAGCAGCCGCCACAGCACAUUUACCAUGAGAAGCAACGCAGGGAGCUGUGUGCCCUCCAUGCCCUCAACAAUGUCUUCCAGGACAGCAACGCCUUCACUAGGGAAACCCUGCAGGAGAUUUUCCAGAGGCUGUCUCCCAACACCAUGGUGACCCCCCACAAGAAGAGCAUGCUGGGGAAUGGGAACUAUGAUGUGAACGUGAUUAUGGCAGCACUUCAGACCAAAGGCUACGAGGCGGUUUGGUGGGAUAAGCGCAGGGAUGUUAACGCCAUUGCCCUGUCUAACGUGAUGGGCUUCAUCAUGAACCUGCCCUCCAGCCUUUGCUGGGGCCCCUUGAAGCUCCCCCUCAAGCGACAGCACUGGAUCUGUGUCCGGGAGGUGGGAGGCACCUACUACAACCUCGACUCCAAGCUCAAGGUGCCCGAGUGGAUUGGAGGUGAAAGUGAGCUCAGGAAAUUUUUGAAACACCAGCUGAGAGGAAAGAACUGUGAACUCCUAUUGGUGGUGCCAGAGGAGGUGGAAGCACAUCAGACCUGGAGAGCUGACGUGUGACCUGGGCCAGCUCUGUCCUCCCACUACAGUUCUUCCCCUUUACCAAACUCCUGAUGUCCUAAAACCUGGAUAGUGGGUGCCCCAACUCUCUUCGUCUGGAAUUUCCUUUGUUAGGCUCUUCUCUUCCUUCCUUGGUGCAAUAGGGCAAUGGCAGAGGACAUUGGGGUGGUGGGUGGGGAAGAACUGAGGGCAGAGCAGAGGAAACUGGAAGCCAAUCACUUUAAUUGCAAGGUGAAUGAGUUGCAGUGCCCUCUGGCCAUCUGGGAGGCAUCACACUCUUGAAAAACUGGGCUGGGGAGAAGGAGUGCCUGGAAACCCUGGGCUUCCAUUUCCCCACGUGGUUCAAGGCUGUGUGUGGUGGGACACUGCUCCCUCCAGGGCUUGUCAGGAAGGAGCAGGGACUGAGCACGCUGCCACCUCUUUACAGUUCUCUCCCUCCAAAACAAAUUGUUGUGAAGACAUUUGCAAUUCCUAAGGGUCUCUCAGGACACUCAGAACACUAGGAAUGGUACAGUGCUUCAGCACGACCCUCUGCUUCUUAGGGCUGGUUUGUGCCAGGAAUUAAGAAACAAUAAUAAAACCAGAGUCAUCUUCCAAGAAAUUCUUCGGGUAGCUAGAGGAUUCUUCCCCAGGGUUUCCAAGGAUUUAUGUAUGUGGUGAGUGGUUGUUUGGCAGUAUGUGUCUGGCUAAGGUGACAUGGAAACAACAAGCACAGGAUGACUGAGGAGUAUCAAGUUUCUGGACUGAAGAGAAACCACAGUCUGCUUGGGUUUCUUUGUGCUAUGGUGGGUUUUUUUCUUUUUUCACUAUUUUUUAACAGUUAUUUUGGUUUUCUGCAUGGUCACCCAGUAGUUUAGGGGCUCCUUGGAGAGAGGAAUAAAGCUGAAGAGGUUUUCAAAGAAA